AUGAGCUAUGCUUUCCAAGGCUGCGGUAAGGGUUUUAACCAGCCGCUUCACUGGGACACAAGUACGGUGCGGCACAUGUACGGGGUGUUUCAGGGCUGUGACGACUUCAACGACCCUUCAAUUCGCUCGUGGAACGUGAGCCUCGUAGAGCAUAUGUCCGGAAUGUUUCAGGAUGCCAAGAGCUUCAAUCAGGACCUCGGGAGUUGGAAGUUGAGCCCGAAUCUGCGCGCGGUCAGCGGUAUGUUUUGGGGCGCUGCCGCAUUUGACCAAAACCUCGAGACGUGGGGUGCGGUGAUACUGGCAAACUUUAGCAAUCUCCAUCGAAGUCGUAAAAAAUUUGAACCUGCGGACACCACGGAGUGUAGUAACACAGAGCGGAUGCCUAGAGGAACGGUUGUUUCUCACCGCAUGGCUCUAGUCGACGGCUGUGGCAGAGGCAACUCCUGGCCAAUGAAUAAAGACUGUUGGACACGGGCGUUUGAGCUGCCGUGGGAUCGUGUCCAAGAACGUUUAGAGCAAGUAUCUCGCGGAUGGGUCCGCUACUAGGUCCGGCUUGAUGCUGGGCUGCUUUAACAGCGAACAUCGUAACGCAGCGUGAGAGCACUAUAAUUUGUCGCGACGUUUGCGGGUGACGAACUCUCUCGCCUUGCUCCCUACAUGUUUUGAAUAAGUAUUUAUAUUUUGAACCGAGCUGCCACUUCUAGUAUCACGAUACUAAAAACUAAGUUCAUUGUGCUUCUUCUUUUGUUCGGUAUGUGUUUGCAGUAAAUUGUCUUGUUUUGUAAAGUACGACCAUUUUCUAUUUUGAUGCGAUGCCUCGCGUUUUGACGAUUCACCGGACGUUCCUGCACGGGCAAAUAAACAGCUAGCAGAUUGAUACUUUCCGACGGUUUUUUGUUGGAUCCGACUCAGUGCUUGUUGCACUUCUUCGAAUUUUUGGAACUGACUUCUACGCUAUUGUACAAAACUUCUAAGUACGCUGGUCCAAUGUAUGAUAUUCUGUUCUCUCCAAUGUAUGAUAUUCUGUGUGGUCUCCUCUGCACCCUCCGCUCACCCUGAUGCCCUUUUGAUGCGCGCUACGUGCCUUUUGAUCAGGAAAACAAGCAGCACUGUGCAAAAGAAAAAGGUAUAGUGGUCGCCUCUACCGGUGCCG